AUGUUGUUAUUGCUCGUUGUAUGCAGCAGCUUGUUCUCCCUGGCAAGCGGCCAGAUGGUUCCGCACUGUACAUGUGCUCAAGUAGCACCUUGUGAAAACGGAGCCAAAAGUAACAUCAUGCAGUGUGCUGAUCAGUGUCAGAAGCAUGUAGCUGACCUAGGAGCAAGUUAUCCAGCAAUGAGAUCUUGCCUUCUUGCAAAAGAACCUAUGCUACAAUCAGUUAUUAAUUGUGAAAAAUCACAAUUGAAAGGAGCGUGUGCUGCAUCUCCUGGAGGACAAGUACCAAAGAGAUAUCCAGAAACACUCAAGAUGGCGGCAUAUACUGAGAUUAACAGUAUCCUUUCUCGCUCAGGAAUACAAGCCGAGGCUAAAGCUUUCCUUGCUGCCGGAAAGAAACUUGCCAGUUGUGUCAUGAAAUGUAUGCAAAGAGGAACUGGCCAGUGCUUCAAACGACUUGGAUGUGGACUGGCUCUUCCACCUGACAAUGUUAUCGUCCAAUCAACAAAGAGGUGUGCCAUUCAAGCAGGAUUCAAUACACCAGGUGUCCAACAACUUUGCAACUGUGUUGCUUCCGCUGGAGUAAGGAACCUGGCUGCUCUUUGCAAUCGCAUACAGAUCUCAUGA